GAAAACGCCGGUCCCUUUAAGCCUCUCACGUGGGUCUGUUGGCUCGGACUGUCUCGCGUGCUGGAAGCGGAGGCUAACUCAUUGCUCCUUUCUUUGCCGUCUUCAACAUCAUCCCGGUUUCAUUGAUGUUAGCAUGAGAACAAGCAUUAGUCAUAGGCAACGUCUUAGCGAGCGACAUAUACGCCAAGUUUCGUUUGAGAAGCGUCACUUGUUCGAAGGCUGAGGCAGCCACGACGGGAGGACAACGCCGGUAACUUUUCCCCUUGUCCAUUUUGCUGACACCUCGACCAAAUGGUGACAAUGACAGAAGAACUUGAGCAAAUCCUCCUGCGAAUGACACAGCCGGACAAUGCCGUCAUCCAGCAGGCCACGAUCCAGCUGAAGCAGCUUUUCAAAGAGCCAGCCAUCAUUCCUGCCCUUUGUGCUGUCAUGAGAGGCUCCUCAAACCCUCAGGUCCGUCAGUCCGCCGCAGUGAUGCUCCGGCUAAGGGUGAAGAAACAAUGGAGAAAGAUAAGCCCACCUGACAGAGAGAGCCUCAAGGCGGUGGUGCUGCAGGCAUUCAUGCAGGAAACGGAACACCAAGUGCGGCACUCGCUCUCCCAGUUAUGCGCCAUGAUGGUCAAACACGAGACUCCCGACAGCUGGCCUGCCCUGCUGGAGCUCCUCAAUCAAGCAACCAAGAGUGCCAACCCACAUGACAGACAGGUUGGACUGCUGCUUCUGAACAAGGUGAUGGAGUCCAACCCGGAGCCUUUCCAUCCUCACUACAGCCAGCUUCUGCAGCUCUUUAGCACCGUGCUACAGGACCACAGCAACCCGACAGCCUUGUAUUACUGUAUCCUCAGCCUUACGGCCAUGACAGUUUACACUGGCACCCAACAUAUGAACCAGAUGCGCUCCAUCAUCCCGAGUCUGAUUGUCGCUCUGAAACACCUUAUUAAAGCAGACGAGAGCCAAGCUGGUGAGGCGAUGGAGGUAUUCAACGAGCUGAUGGAGAGCGAGGUGUCCAUCAUUGUACCUCACGUUGCAGACAUGGUUGGCUUCUUGUUGGAGGUGGGCAGCGACCCCACGCUGACCGACUCGCUUCGUGUCAAAGCCCUCUCUUGCGUUGCCUUUCUCAUCAAGUUAAAGAGCAAAACGGUGCUGAAGCAGAAGCUGCUGCUUCCCAUACUGCAAGCCAUCUUCCCCAUUUUGACAGCCGAGCCCCUCCCCGGUGAGCACGACCCGGAGGAUGACGAAGAUGACGACGGAGAUGGCACGGACGAUGGCAAUCCCAAACAUUGUGCCGCUCAGGUCAUUGACACCAUGGCACUCCAUAUGCCCCCGGAGAAACUCUUCCGUGAACUGAUGCCACUGACUCAGACCUGCCUGACCAGUGAUAAGCCCUACCAGAGGAAAGGGGGCCUCAUGUGUCUGGCUGUGCUCGCUGAAGGAUGUGCAGAUCAUAUCCGCAACAAGAUGCUGUCAUCGGUGCUGCAGACGGUCUGCCAGAGUAUUUCGGAUUCCAACCAGGUGGUGCGCAGCGCCGCUCUGUUCGCGCUGGGACAGUUCUCGGAACAUUUACAGCCUGAAGUUAGUAAACAUUGUGAGGAAUUGAUGCCUUUGCUCCUCGGCUAUCUUUCGUCUUUAAACCACACCAAGGUUGGCCACGUCACUAAGGCCUUUUAUGCGCUGGAGAAUUUCAUGGAGAACUUAGGAGCAGAUAUUGAGCCCUACCUUCCCACCCUGAUGGACACCAUGUUGUCGGCCCUCAACAGCACCGACAGCCUGAAAAUCAAAGAGCUCACUGUAUCUGCCAUCGGCGCCAUCGCCAAUGCUGCCAAGGAGCUGCUGGUUCCUUACUUUCCCCCGGUCAUUGAAAGCCUGAAGGCUUUUCUCACAGCCACCACCGAGGAAAUGAGGUCGCUGCAAACUCAGUCUUUAGACACGCUGUCUGUGCUGGCUCGAACCAUCGGCAAAGAGGUCUUCAGUCCUCUGGCUGCGGAAUGCGUUCAACUGGGUCUCAAACUCACCGACUCCAUAGAUGACCCGGACCUAAGACGCUGCACGUACAGUCUUUAUUCAUCAGUGUCCACAGUCAGCCCAGACUGCCUGACUCCUCAUCUCACUCCGAUCACAACAAUCAUGCUACUUGCCCUCAAGUCCAACGAAGGCAUCACGGCGCACCUGGACGAGGUUGCCCUGCUGGAUGACGACGACGACGACGAGGGAGCGAAGGAUUCGGAAGAGAUUGCGGACGACGAGCCCGAUAUGGAUGUCCACGAUGCCGCAGGAUUCAGCGUGGAGAACGCCUACAUUGACGAAAAGGAGGAUGCCUGCGACGCACUGGGGGAGAUUGCCUACAACACUGGUGCUGUUUUCCAGCCCUUCUUAGAGUCCAGCUUCCAGCAGGUUUUGGAAAUGAGAGAUUACCCCCACGAGGAUGUCCGCAGGGCAGCAUUUGGAGCAAUGGGCCAAUUCUGUCGGGCACAGCACAAGGUUUGGAUGGAGAAUCCCACCGACGUCAAUCACCAAGCCUUGUUGAAGAUAUUGGAUGUGGUGAUUCCCAGCUUUCUGGAGGCCGUGCGCACCGAGCCCGAGCGCCAAGUUGUGAUGGGUAUCCUGGAAACUAUGAACAGUGUCAUAAAGUCGUGCAAGGAGAAAGUUUUCAAGAACCCCACUCGCCUCAAGGAGAUCAGCACCGUCAUCCGUGACGUUUUGAAAAAGAAGACCGCAUGUCAGGACGGCGAUGAAGCUGAUGACGACGACCAAGAGGCAGAGUACGACGCCAUGCUCCAAGAGUUUGCAGGUGAAGGGAUCCCCCUCCUGGCCGCUUCGGUGCCGGCCGACAGCUGUGCUCCUGUCAUCUUUGACCUGCUGCCUCUCAUCUUGAGCAAAACUAAAUCAUCAUGCACCGAGGCAGAGAAGUCCUUUUCUCUGGGUACCCUUGGAGAAAUUCUGCAGGCUCUGAUCCACUCGUCCGGAGGUCGGGAACUGGCGGGCCAACUGUCCAGUCGUCUCUUUCCAGUCUUGGUGGCCGGAGUGAAAGAGAGUGACGCCGAGGUCCGCAGCAACAGUGUCUUUGGACUGGGAUGCCUCGCCCAGGCUGCCGGGCCCCUCGUAGCCUCAAAUUAUCCCACCAUGCUGGGCGUCUUCUCCAACUUGCUGUCUAAAGAGGCCGACCCCAGAGUGAUUGACAACUUGUGCGCGGCACUCUGCAGGAUGAUUUUAAGUAACGUGGAUGUCGUCCCAUUGGAGCAGGUUGUCCCAGUUCUGGUUGCCCGUCUUCCUCUCAAAGAGGACUUGGAGGAGAACAAGACUGUGUUCAGCUGUCUGGCCAUGCUCUACUCGCACAGUCCUGCUCUGAUUGUGAAGCUAAUGAAGCCCAUCGUUGAUUCAUCUUGUCACGUACUCAGCAACAAGGAAGUGGAUAAAGAAACACAGACGAUUCUGGCCACGUUGUUAAAACAAUUCACUAAGCAGCACUUGGCAGACUUCCAAGCGGCCGUGAACUCGCUUCCCGGAGAGGAGCAGGCUAAGAUCAGCGCUGUCAUCAGCACGGCUUGAUGGCAAGUUGCGUGGUGGUGGUGGACAGUCAGGCAGGCAGCCAGAGUGGUUACUUUUUAUAGUUACAAAAAACAACAACAACAACUCAUUGUCCCACUGCUAACAUUUGCUCUUCUUGUCAGAAUUGACUCAUCAUUUAUUUGUCAUUUCUGAUCAUAACAUUUAUUUGGUCAGCAACUUUCUUUGGAAUACGAAGUGAGCUUUCAGAGCUCAAAUAACCGAGAUGAUGAAGCUCCAGCUCUCUAGGUGCUAUUUAUGGAGCACUUCGGUCACACUAUAUUUGAUUUGGAAAAUACAUGAAUUUGAAAUGGCUGGCAAGAUUGUUGCAGAAAUAGUCCAGCAUAAUAGAUCCUGAUGAUUUAUUGACCUUUUCGAAACCAUUCAUCAUAUUAAAGGUAGGUGGCUGCCAUCAUGAUGUCCAUCACGUUGCACCAUUUCACAUCUCAAGUUGCUUUUGCCACAUGGAUGACGGUGACUUACUUGCGAGCAGAGAUGGAUGAGCAACUUGUUUGAGGAAGAUUUACAUCAUACCUUGUAUUUUGUAACUUUACAAAAUAAAGCCACUUUUUCUCAA